AUGUCUAGGUCUUGGAAACAAGUGCGCACUUACGCUGACCAUCUGGGUCAUCCUGUCGUGCUCGAGCAGUACGUAAACCCAGAAUACGAGCCAGAGCCCAGUGAACUAGUUGCCUUUCAGGUCUACAGCCUUGUUCCCCUGGACGACGACCACGACGAGCUCCGAAACUACCUCAUGCAGAUGUUCUGGAAUGAUGAAGUCAAGCCUUUAUUCGAGAUUUAUUCAUAUCGCCCGCCCGAUGGCUUUGCCUGCAUCGAACAUAAUCGCAUUGAAAUCGCCCGUCGCAAGCAGCAACAUCAGUCAGGGAUUGAAAAUCAGUCAGGGAUUGAAAAUCCCCUCCCACUGAUCCCGAGAUUCAAUCGUCCAUAUUCAUCCUCGAAUAUUGGAUUUUGUGUCCUACUACGAUCGCACAGUUAUCGAGUAGGCAAUAUGCAGGACUCGGAGGAGGCUGAGGAGAUAGGCGAAGGCCCAGACUUACUCUAUUUCAAUCGCACAUUUUCUAGCACGUGUACUAAGGUUGACUUGGCGCAGCAUUUGCAUAAGGGCCAAGAGAAACUCCCGUCAGAGGCAUUUGAAUUCGUCAUCGAGCGCCUUAUAGACCAGAUCUAUAUAGGCCAGUUAAUGAUUCUCGAUAUCUUCAAUAAUGUCCCUCCCUAUCCGGAGCGAGACGCCUUAGGUAUUGAUGAGGGCAAGCCUCCUAGCCAGGAUAUGCCGACAGAAGAACAGAUUCGUAACCAGCUAGGCCUAGAAACCUCAGUUGGCGGCUUCUCUCUUGGUCCGGCAUUCCAUAUUUCUCAGGAAGCCAACAUCGUGACAGUCACCAAUACCCCUAAGGGCGAAACCCCUGAUAUUCAAUACAUUGUCCAUACGGCCUUUCUCAGCCACAUACGCGACACAGAAGGUUCUCUCUUAGAAAGCACAGCGCGCCUCUUUACGGCGUCAAUGGUCUCCAACCUCCCGGCCAACAAAACUCUCACUCUCAAAUUCUUCAUUCCAAAGUCCAAUUCCUGGUCGGCCAUCAGGCCCGCUCAGAACGAAGUUCUUGAGAUUCUAUCCCAGCAAAAUGAAGACAACCGAGAAAAUCCCUUUUCUAUUGGGGCACUACACAAUAUCACAACAGGGGAUAGUCAACCCCUAGCAGCAAAACGUUUUACACCUCAAGGACCCGACCAAUAUAUUAAAAGCUCACAGGGGGCAUGCGACGAUAGCGGAUUUCGUACGUUCACAGUUAUUCUUGACCGUGCAAAGUUCGUCUCAGAGGCUGGGGUGUACUUCUAUAUGACGGACUCGGACGAGUCUGAGGAUCCGGACACUUCAUCUGAUGAUACAAUCGUUUCCCGGGUCGUAGACAUGAAUACGGCUGCUCGGCGGCUGGGGGUGGUUGUUCUUGAUGAAUGA